AUGGCACCCGGAGACACAUUCCCAGCUAGGAGGAAGAUGCAACUUUGGGAGCCCCACAGGACUGGAGCAGGGAGGCGGUGCUGGCGUGUGGGAGAGUCCGGCUCCUCCAGACUGCUGCCCGGGGGAGGUCACUCCACUGACAGCUUCGGCCCAGGCCGCCUUCCCACUUGGUGCCUGCCUCUGGGAGAACAGCUGGAGCUGAUAAGAGGGGUCCUGCAUCACAGACAGCAGCAGGCCCCAGCCUGCACGAGGCCCCAAGUGGGUGUGAGAGCCCUUUGUGGCACAGCCCACCGGCUACACCCAGGUGUGGAGGACCCCACCUCGACAGCAGGCCCCAGCACCAGCCUGCUGUGCAGCCCAACGCACUGGCUGGUGCCGCUUCCCCAUCCACCAGCAGGCACUGGAGCAAGGCUGGAGAGGGAACACCCAGCAGCAGGGUCCCUGCCCUGGCAGAUGUCCCAUGUGCCUGACUCCCACAACAUGGGGGAGGUGAGAGGGGAGUGUGCAGCUGCCCACACCUCCCUGAGCAAAGUCAUUGUGUGGCACAGACAGCUGGCGCUGCAGCUGGGAGGCACGGCUGACUCACCCCGGCUGCGGGAGGAGCUGCAGGAGCGGAGCAAGGAGGUGCAUGAGCUCAGCAAGGGGCUGCGGAACGUGCUCCUAGCCGGGCUGAGGCAGCCGCUGGCCAGCCCAGAGGAGCGGCAGGAGCUGGAGAGGCUGUGGGUGCUGUCCCUGUCAGCUCUGGAGCUCUUCCACCAAGACCUGCACAGGGCCCAUCAUCUCUGCCAACUCUUCCCCCUGCAGGGGCGGGGGGGGCCGCUGCUGAGCACUGGCGUCACGGGGAAGGCAACAGAUGGAGGGCACAAGCCAUGGAGGAGGCCAAGCCGCAAGGGCGCCAGGAGCACGGAGCAGCUGGGUGCUGCCCCUAGCCUGGAGGAGCAGAUUGAGCGUGUGGGGACCAUGCUGCUGGAGAUGGAGACCAGAGUCAAUGUCCCUGUCUGGACUGUGGAGGCCACAGAAGAGGCCGGGCCAGGCAGCAGCUUGGCCUGUGAGGCAGAGGGGUCGUGCAGCGAGAGACAGGCUGCAGAGGUGGCAGGUGGCCCAGGGUGCUGCAGGCGUCAGGGCUGGCCUGCACUCUGCUGCAUAUUGUCAUGACUAGCGCCCCCAUGCAAAGGGGCAGGACUUUGCUCCCCCCAGGAGAAAACCCAGAACAGGGACCCUUGGCCACAGCAGCCCAGAAAGGCAAGUUUCUUUGAGCACAUGGUGCCCAGCUGGGAGAAGCAGGAAGAGGUGCUCUAGCUUGGGGUAGGAACAGGUUGGCUGAGGGCUCCCCUGCCAGCAGGGCAGUCAGCUCAGGGAGCAUGUGGGAUAGCGGUGGCAAGGUGGGGGAGCACUGCAGGCCAAGGGAAGGGUGGCAAAGAGCCCCCACCCCCCCCCGGCACUGGAGGGAGUCGUGGCAGAGGAGACUGCUGGGGGAUUAAUAAACAUCGUUCUCCCACUUGUGUUCGUUCCCUGUAAAGCCUACAAAGUGCCCCUGCCCCAGGGAACCAUUUCCACACCCACAGUGGUGGUGGUGAUGGAGGUGCCUGGAGGUCACAGAGAUCUGUGCUUGAAUCCCCAUCUGCUGGGGUGACUGGCCCCAGGCAGUGGCAGAUCAGCAGCCGAGAGCUGCCUCAAGGCAGGGCCAGGACCUCUUGGCUCCAAGUGCCCUGGGCUCGGUUCUUGCU